CACGUUUAUUUUGGAUUCUGUUUUUAUUGUAUAAUUUAUCCAGACUCAAUAAAUAAAUGAAAUAAUAAUACAAUAGAAAUCGAACGACGCUGGCAGCGAUAUCGACUAGUUUAGCCCUAUAAAAGCUCAUCGAAAGGCACUUGAAAACCAAAUUGAUUCGAAUUUCAAUUGAUUAUAACAACCUCAAAAGGACUCAAAAAUGAUGCAGAUCAAGUUCCUGUUCACCUUCUUCGCUCUGCUGAUGCUGGUCGUCCUGGGAGCCAAGGAAGCCGAUGCCGACUGCCUUUCCGGCAGAUACCGAGGACCGUGUGCCGUCUGGGACAAUGAGGCCUGCAGGAGGGUUUGCCGGGAGGAGGGAGGAGGACGCGUCAGUGGACACUGCAGCUCCAGGCUGCAAUGCUGGUGCGAAGGAUGUUGAAUGCAAGAUCCUAUAUUAUUUCCCCGAAACUGGACAACUUCUAUGAGCUCUUCUCUGCAUGAAUAAUCCAAUUCCCUUAAUAUUCGCAACUGUUUAAAAUAAAAUCAAGUCAAGAUCCAA